AUGGAGCUUGACGACAAAGUAAGAGAAAACAAUGUCUACCACCAUCCAUCACUUUUAUCCAAUCAGAAUUAUAUGAAGCCCUACAAUAUGAAAGAUCAUGAUUUUCCCUUUGAAGCUUCUUCAUCAAAGGGUGAUUACUAUUUUCAAGAUUUUCACCAUCUUGAUGAUCAAGCAUUCCAUGUUAAUGGGUCUUCAUCAGGACCCAUUUUUGGGUCCCAAUCCCAAACCCCAUGUUUUGACAUUCAUCAUCCUUGUGAUCCUUAUUACAUAUAUGAUGUGGGACCCACAAACCCCGAUCAAUUCUAUGAGUGCAAGCCAUUUGUAGAAAAUGGUGGUCAUGGCCAAGUCAUGGACAACUUCCAAGUUGGAGGAUAUUCAAGUUUCUCUAGUAGAAACCCCAUGGACAUGAUUGGACCUGCUAAUUCAAGUUGCUUGUUACCAUUUAAUUUCCAUGGCCAGGAGAUCAUCAAACCAGUGAAUUUUGUAGUACCAGAUGAAGUUUCUUGUAUCACUGCAGAAAAUGGGUAUUACAAGAAAGUUGGAAUGAAUAAGAGCAGGACUUCCAUGGUGACUAGAAAGACAUGCAAAACCCGCAAGAAGUCCAAUGUUGUCAAGGGCCAAUGGACAAUCGAAGAAGAUAGGCUUUUGAUUCAACUAGUUGAAGAAUAUGGUGUGAGAAAAUGGUCUCACAUUGCUCAAAUGUUGGCUGGAAGAAUAGGAAAACAAUGCAGAGAGAGAUGGCAUAACCAUUUAAGGCCAGACAUCAAGAAGGAUAUAUGGAGUGAGGAGGAGGAUAAGAUAUUGAUCGAAGCACAUGCAGAGAUAGGAAACAAAUGGGCUGAGAUAGCAAAGAGAUUGCCAGGGAGAACUGAAAAUUCCAUCAAAAACCACUGGAAUGCAACAAAACGAAGACAAUACUCAAAAAGAAAAUGUAGAUCAAAGUAUCCAAGAGGUUCUCUUCUUCAAGAUUACAUCAAAAGCUUGAACUUAGAUUCUUCAUCAAACAAAGGAGGCCGAUAUCAGCGAAAAACUACCACCACCACUACUACUUCUUCAACCAGUAUUGACAUAAGAACCAAAGCACCAGAAACCGACCAGCAAAACUCCUUGGAAUUCUGUCCUAAUAAUCGUUUGGUUUCGAGCUGCUACGGAAAUUUCGAUGAGGACCCAGAUGAGUUUUGUUUCGAUGAGAAUAUCUUUCAAGAGGGUUGUGCUAUUGAAUCUCUUCUUGAUGAUAUGCCUGCCGCUUGUGCUCCUGAUCUUGAUGCUGGGAUUAAAUUUCCAUUCCAUCCAUCUACUUUGGAAGACAAUAAAUUUUCCGGGAAAAUUACCGGUGAUAUUGAUCAGAAAAAUUGUGAUACGGAGAUGCCAGAAAUGGAUGGUGUUGUUGCACCAGUGAUGAAGAGUGAAGUGUUGAUGAAGAAGGAGAUGGAUUUGGUGGAGAUGAUCUCCAAAGUUAAUGAAGCCGACAAGUAAAAGAUAAUUAAUCUGAAGCCCAGUAGAUAUAAAUAUAUUUACGUAUCAUAAGGGGUACUAACUAGAAAGAAGAAGCAGAAAGAUUUCGGAUUCCAAGCAUUCUUUAUUUCAUGGUUUCUUUGUGUAACAUGCAAAGCGUUAUUAGCUAAGAGAACAGAGAAUGCGGGUGGCAUGAAAAAAAAACAAAGGUGCAAAAGGCCAAAAACAAAAACAAGAAAAACAAAUAUUAUAUGUUAUACAAUAAAAUAAAUAAAAAUUUUAAUUGGA